GUUAAGGUAAACAUUACAGUGCCAGUAGACUUGGACUUAGACCGGUUCGAGCAUUUCUUCUCUAUAUCCUCUAGUUGUAAUGAAUUCCAAAUUGAUUUGCUCCCUCCUCGUUUUCCUAGCCGUGGUAAACGUUAGUGUUGCACAUGGCCGUGGGCGAAGGCGUGGCAAUUGUGGAGGAGGUGGCAACGGAGGUGGUGGCAAUGGCGGUGAUGGCGGAUCCGGGGGGGGUGGCGGCACUGAAGGUGGUAUUGGGGGCGGAGGAACCGGUGGUGGCGGUGAUGGAGGUGGGGCAGGAACAGGAGGUCCUGGAAAUGGUGGCGCUCCACUCAUAAUCAACCCAAACCAGCGCCGGGACGACUCGGAACUGAAUAACAACAACAACAGCAACAAUACCCUAGAGUUUAGUGGCGUGGAUGGGGACAACAAUGAAAACGAUGGAGGAGAAAGUGAAGCUUUCAAUGGAGGAAACAAUAGUGGAGAAAGCAGCGGAGCGAAUGAAUUUGAUGGCUUUCGCCCUCGCCCAGGUCCCCCAAACAGAUUCAGGGGCAAUAACGGCUUCCAAAACGGCAGAUUCCCAGGCAACGAUGGUUUCCAACCUGGCCGAUUCCAGGGCAACAAUGGAUUCCAACCUGACCGAUUCCAGGGCAACAAUGGAUUCCAACCUGACCGAUUCCAGGGCAACAAUGGAUUCCAACCUGACAGAUUCCAGGGUGGUAAUGGUUUCCGAGGAGGCAGAUUCCAGGGCGUCAAUGGUUUCCAAAAUGGUAGAUUUCAGGGUGGUAAUGGUUUCCAAAAUGGUAGAUUCCAGAGCGGUAGCGAUUUCCAACGAGGCAGAUUCCGUGGUAAUAAUGGUUUCCAAGGAGGCAGAUUCCAGGGCAGCAAUCAAUUUCAAGGAGGCAGAUCCCAGGGCAACAAUGGUUUCCGAGAAGGCAGAUUCCAGGGCAACAACCAAUUUCAAGGUGGCAGAUCCCGCGGCAAUAAUGGUCCCCAAGAACAAGGUGACUUCCGCGGUGAAAAUUGAUAAGCUGGAUUGUCUACAGACUAUGGAUAUCAAAACUUGGAUAUUCUCCUGACAAGUCGUUUACAAAGUGAUGGAUUAAUUUGUUAGCUUAUAUGUGGAUAAAUGCCAAGCUCAAACCAAA